AUUGAAUCCACCGGUCCCGCAGCCCGGAUUUCUCCCCUCGACGAUAUCAUUCAGCGCAUGUACCCCACGUUUAUACAACAGCGGGUUCAAGAAUCCGAGCGCCGGUCGGCCCCGGGCCAGCCGUGCGUCGUUGAGGAGGGCGACGAUUCCCGCGAAGGUCGGGGCUGAGGCCGAGGUGCCGCCAAUGGUGAUCGGGCUCCCCUGCCAGUAGAUGGAGAACUUGUGAGAUUGCGCCGAAACGUCUGGGAUCCCCUGUGCAGAGCCUUCGUCAGUGGGGUGUGUAAUCGUGGGCCAAGGAAAGGAAAGCUACUCUUCCGCCCCUGGACAUCGGAGAUGAGCUGCUGCUCCAUGCCAAGUGCGCGACUGCCAAACGCACCGAUUGAACAGUCCCUCGUACGUCUUGGGGGGAAGCUUGUGGAGAUAUCUCUCGACAGCCUUAUGCUGAUACGCUGGCCUGAAUCAGGUCAGUGACUGCCGCAUAGAGCCAACUGUGGCGCUUACCUCUCAAAGUAAUCGCUGAAACCGCCGCCACUGAAAGCGGCCGCCACCUCUGGAAUACCCAUCGUCCCACCGACCGCAGUCACACUUCGAUUUGUCAGACGACAUCCCGAGCGAAGAACAGACAGCGCGCACUAGGGACAGGAGCUGAUUGUCGAUGGCGUGAGGCUAACAUCUGAAUAAUCAUUCAGCCACUCACGCUGGGAACGCUGGGAUAAAUCUAGACAUAUCAGCAUCUUGCAGCCCCAAUGACAACCCAUCGACAGACACACACACCUUGUCCGAUGCCUCGUCGUACUGAGACAUUGCUGUGACUCUGCUUCAGGAUCUCCGUCCCCGACACCGUAAUCUCCGCUCGCAAAUAUCACCGAGACACCUCGACAGCCUACCGUGUGUGCGGGUGUUAAUGCGCCCGGGUGGCGAGACAGCACUCGCACCUAGUUCGGCAAAGCGCUUGCAGACGCGUCGUGCGUAAGCACUGGGAACUGCACCCGGAUUCAGUAGCUGCGCAUAUCCGCAAACGGCGACGGACCGGUCUGCUCGUCGUCCGCAUAGGAAGUCGUUAUGGUCUGCGGAAGGCGGUCGGAGCGGAGAACAUGAUCAAGCCACUGUCAGAAGAGUUGCCGAUCGGUCUCCAAAUCAAACUGGCUUGCAACGCACAGUCAUGUAAGGCUCGUUGUCCGCUGAUACGCACAAAUGAGAUCGAAUGACGAGACCGAGAAGAUGUACGUGCGAUCAUGCACCCGAGCGUCAGGGUGGAAUGGGCCAUUCCCGGCCGUCGACCAGAACGUCCCCGGGGUCGGGUAGGCGAGGCCAAGCGCGUAUUGCACGUCGAGAUUCGCCUCUUCUCCAGCAGCCGACAGACUUUGGUUGUUCGCACCGCCUUAUCGGGGAAAGUCAGCAGCGGCGGUGGGGAGGCAGGAAGGACAGACCGUUCACCGAAACGAACCGAAAGCUCGAGCCUUCAGCCUCGGGCAGCUGAUCGCGGUAAAAAGAAGCCAGAUCCUUGUGAUUAGCGUACUGAUCGAGAAACCCCGUAAUGCCGAUCGCGUUCUUCUUGGGGGCCCUCGGGGUGUAUCCAUCCGCGCUGUAAAGCUGCCUCAGACAGGCGAGCGUGAUCAUUGUUCCGCAGUCAGAGUCGACGGCAUGCUUAUCCUCCGCGGGCCUUGCUACCCGCUUCGGUGAUCGCGCAAACAUCGUGGUGGGCUGGAUAAGCUCAACGUGCUCGUGUAGGUACCCCGGCAGACUGUAGCUCGUCGUACGAGCAAGAAGCUCCCCGUCGUCGUGUCGCCAGAUAAAGUAUUCCUGCAGAUCCGCUCAGUGCUUGCUGACAACGCGUCGGUCGACAACUCACAGUGUCGAGCAUCUGCUCCAGAAUAGGCACGGGGACCGUCAGCGUCACCCAAUCCUCAGCGGGCGAGCGGUCCAGAGUGGUUGUGUUGAAUCCGAAUGUCGCAAGCCACUCGUCGACGAGAGCCAGCGUCGUCGAGCGCGGCCGCACGAGCGAUUCGACGUCCUGUUUCGUCAUAUGCGCGCCGUAGCGAGCAUGGUCCGGGUCGCUGAUUUCAUACAGUCGGCGCUCAAGCUCAUCAAAUUGACCCUGCAUCAAGGCAAUCCGCAGCCGCACAGACAGAUGAGGCGGCGCUCGGUCGAUCCGCGUCCAUCCCGCAGGCGGGGCGUCGAUAGAUUCCUUGAUUCUGGACACACGGUCCGGCACGAGCGCGCCACUGGCCGCCAGAAAGAAGUCGAGGACCAAAGCCAAGAAGAAAAGCAUCGUCUUGAUAUUCUCUGACCUCCACGGUCCACUUAUAUCCUGCCCAGAAGACUUUCAUUUGGGCCACGAGCGCUCUAAUCGCGCCUGGUGGCGGUUCGGUAAAAUUCCAGCGUGCACACACCAUCCGGGGCUUCUGCGAAAGGACUUCGAAAGACAAACAGGCAUCUGAGACUUCUGAGCGGCUGAAGCUUUGAAGGAUUGCGUCGGAAAGUAUGCACAGAACAAUUCGCGGGAAGGAGAUAUACAGGAUCGCGAGGCAGAUUUGAUCGUCACAAGUAUCUUCUGGACCCAAAUUCACAGUCAAAUCUUUGCCCAGCUGCCAUAUGCGGCAUCUUCCGGAACAAAUAUGGCGAGCGAAGAAAGAUGCACUCCAGUCCUACUGCACUGCCGGAUCCAACGUGCAAUCGCAUCGAAAGGUGUACCAGAAAAGCAGCCGGCACAAAACACCUCAUACUACAUCGACCCGAUGCUACAUUCUACAGGACCUCGUUCAGAGAAACCUCACCCGAGCCACGCUUCAAUGGUUUGGGCUGACUAGGUGCGGGCUUCCAGCCGAUCUAGAUCGAAUAACGAUUAUUCUUUGAGACGAGGAACGACAGAGGACUUGCCAUAUAUAUUACUUGGAACGUUGCGGGGAUACUUCCGUCUUCCGAGCCAUGAAGUGCUGUGGUCCUUAUGUAUGCGACCCAGGACGCGAGUGGGAAGUGGUCUAACUCACCUGGGUAGAUCGCAGACGCAGCUGCCAGUGUGUCCCUUCGAAGGGCGCGUUUGGGCCCCAGAAUAGCAUUGCCUUCCCCCAUGCUACCAAGGUCAUCCAUCAAAGCCCACAUGUUCGGAUAGGCGACCUUGACUUCAUCGAUGUCGAUGGUAAGUAACGAGAAGCCAGCGCGUCCCAUUAGAUUAGAGAUAUCCCGUGUGUCUGAGCUGGAAUAAGCAAAGAAGGUCGGAAGAAUGGAAAGCCCUGAAAGCAGACUGGUCAUUGGGGAGAUACGGGCAGAGACCCCGCCUUCUCGUUCUACUUCCGCUAACUGCAGCGAAGUCCUGAGCUCAAAUAGCGUGUCACCGCCAAGCAUCGCGCCAAGGAAGAGUCCGUCUGGAACGAGCGCUUCGCGUAUCUGAGCAAGAGUACCUGCUCCCAAACGUGAGCAGCGCGCGCAACACGUACUGAAGAUGACGAGAACCUGGCAGGUCAUUGACCCAAUGCAAGCUAAGACACGACACAAUGGCCUCCUGCGAAUUGGGUUCCACGAUCUGGAGCAGGUUUUCUUCGUCUGCGUGGAUACGCUCGACUUCCACUACGUGUAUAGCACGGAUGAGUAUCAGGCCGCAACAACAUAUUACAUGGCGAGCGGCGAACCUUCGAAGUCCGAGUCCGGAUCGCGUCGUAGGGUGUUCUCUGGUAGGCAGAGCAGUUCAAGCAGCGUAAGAGACAGCAGAUGGACUUGACCAACCACUGGAGUCCACCAUAAUAACCUUACGCGCCUUGUCAGGCUCCAUAAGUUUCGUGAAGUGCCCUGGACCAGACCCCAGAUCAAGGAUAGUUCCAAACGUUCUUUUUAUGUCCUGAGCACAAUUGAGCGUGCCAAUAGAGCGGACCGCUGCACUUACCAUGAACCUCUCCAUCAUUCGGUCCGCGACUUCGUCGCGCACGUAAUCUACUGUCCUGCUGCCUUCGCGUAAAGCAGCGCGGUCUUUCUGGAUUCUCUUGACAUUCCUGUCAAAUACUUGGUAAGGCCCAAGAGUGUACGGAUUCGGGGCUGGUGACGCAGAGGAGAUGGCCGCGCGACGCGCGAGAGAGCGAAGCAUAGGUACGUGCGUUGGUGGCGGUGCUCAUGGCGGUGUCGCGUUGCUUGCGCCUGUUACCCGAUUCGUGAAAUUUCUGCCACUCCCGAAAUGUCCUCAGAUUCGGUCGCUAUCUUCGGAGAAGGGACGUUUGAAGAGCAGAUCCAAGAGCUUGUCAACUAUGUCGUCCGAAGCAAAUCAGAGGAGGAGCGCCCUGCGUCUAUCCGACCGUACCAAGAUGCGCUGAAAACUGAAGAAGAUGCGACGCCCCUUGCGGAGGAUGAUGAGCGUAGGAGAAAGGUCUUGCUGAUGGUGCUGGCCGAUGUCCAGUCUCUGGGAGAGGGUUCCGAAAAAGAGAUCGAAGGCUUCUUCAACUUAAUAUACGCUCACCUUCUCACUCUGUUCCCCGCCGACUCGCCCGACGUCAAGACAUCCGUCACCGCACUGAUCAAAACUAUCUCGUCUGCCCCGGUCGAGCAAGCCACCAUCAAAUACCGAUUGCUCUCUAACCUCUUCAACACCCUGCCGCGAAAAUCUCCGUUACGUCUCCAAGUAUACACCACCAUUUUGCAACUGGCAACCUCUCGCGAGGAACUCGAGGCCCUGCAACUCACCCGCGUUGAUGUCGAGAGAUGGUUGCUCGAGUGGGACGUUUCUGCCGAGGAGAAGAGCAGCUUCUUGAAGUCGAUCUCGGAGGCGUACCGCCAGGCCCAGCAGCUCCCCACUUCCUACGAAUACUCGAUCGCAUAUGUUCGGUCGCUCUCUGCCGGUUCACCAUCAUCAGAAACAGCGGCGGUCGAGCUCAUCGCCACCGCACUCCGACUGCCGUUCGUCUUCGAUUUUGAUCCUCUCUUCAAGCUCGAUGUGGUCGUGGCCGCCAAGAACCACGAACUCUUCGGACUUCUGCACAUAUUCCUCAACGACAGUCUGCCCGCGUUCUCGGCGUGGGCUGAUGCUCAUCCUGCCGCAUUCGAGACUUAUCACCUGAACAAGUCUCAACUGGCACGCAAGAUCCGUCUCCUCACUCUCGCAUCCCUGGGCUUCAAAAACAUCGGGCAAGAUCUGCCAUACUCGAAAAUCGCGGAAGCGCUCCAGGUCGAGGCUUCCGAGGUCGAAAAAUGGGUCAUCGACGUCAUCCGUGCGGGGCUUCUCUCGGGGAAGUUGUCGCAGACGGCGCAGACCGUGCGUGUGAUUCGUGCGACAUCGAGGUCGUUUGAGAAGGAGCAGUGGGAAUUGUUGGAGAAGCGACUAGUUGCGUGGAAAACGGGCCUCGCUGGUGUACUCGACGUCGUUGCUGCAGCACGGAAGCAGGCCGUGCCGAGCAGUGUUCUUCAGGCACAGGUGGCUGCUUGAUUCUAAGUGUAUGUAUGUAGCAUCUAUUGAAGACAGCCUUGCGCCGCUACCAUUCGCCAU